AUGAAUACGACAAACGACCUCAGCGACGUGGACUCUGCGUCGGUGCUGUUCUGGGGUCUGCACAACCAGGGCGUCACCCUGGGUUACCUCAUGGUGAACGUCGUCAUGUUUACCAUCGGCUUCUUCGUGAUCUUCCUCAACGCCGUCGUCUUCUACGCCAUGACUCGAGAACACCCCUCGGACGACGACGUCAGCAACUACAUCAUCGCCAACCUGUCUGUGACGGACAUGAUCACGGGUCUGUUUGUUAUAUAUUCGGUGGCCUACAAUCUCGUCAACUUCCAGUCAGAGGUGGAGUGCUACAUCAGACUCGGAUUCCUCCACUUCUUCUCCCAGUCCUCCGUCUUUCACCUCGUCCUUCUCACCGCCGACAGAUACGUGAAGAUCAUAUUCCCUUACAAACACCCGAUCAUCUUCAAACGAAGGCUUGUCAUCUACGUGUCGGCGACCAUCUGGAGUCUGUCCUUCCUGUACGGUGCUCUGCUCGUCGUGGGAUGGCGCAGACCUCCACCGCCCGGUGUUCUGCCGUGCAGAUACUUGGAGACCCUCACAACCGGAUUCAUGAACCUGUCUUUGAUCACUUUCUACGGCCCGAGUUUCAUGCUCAAUGUGAUGUACGCUCAUAUAUUCGUGGUGGCCAGGAAGCACCAGAGAGCUAUACGUAACCUGGAGGUGGGUACGGACAGUCGGGGAUUUGACAAGAAGAGCUGGAAAUUAACCAAGACCGUCGUCAUCAUCAACGGAGCUUACAUAGCGUGUUGGACACCAAUAGGUAACUAUAUUAAUACAAUACUGACAGACAGAAACACAGACAGACGGAACGACAGACAGCAGCUAACUGACUAA